GAGUGAGGGAUGGUGUGAGCGUGGAUAAACAAAUCCGUGCGCCUUAGAUAGCGUGUCUAGAUGCGCGGCGUUAUCUGCUAAGAAUGGACUCAAUAAACACUUAACAGAUUACACUUUCGGUGGAAAUUCGUAAAUUGUAUUAUAUUUAUUUCGUAUCAUGGACGAGUUUCUCAAUAAAAAUUUGCGUGUAAACAUUUGAACAUAAACAAACAUAAGAUCAAUGGUGUAAAGUGCUCUGGCGCAAUCAAGAAGGGAACAUUCUUGAACUAUUUGCCGUAGAAACGGCGUAAUUGAUUUUUUCUAUUUUACGACCGCGUUUUUAAUUCAGUGUGUGCUUGAAGAUACCACAACGAUUUUGGACCGCACAGGUAAAUAACGUUACGGAAACAACUUGAGCUCACAGGAUAGCAGUAAGCAGUACGUUCUGGCGUUGGUAGGCAGUCGUUGUGCCAUGCCCAUAACGCCUUUCAUCUGUAGAAUAUAGCUGUCGUCCCAGCCUACACAGUUGAAGCAAGAUCGGAGCUGUAGGGAAGAGGCCUACUACAUGUAAACUGUGCCUGCUUCCAGUGUAGCGAGCGAUGAGGUUGUAACAGCCUGGUGUUAAAAGUGUGUCAAGGAGCAGCCGAUGUCGCAUCACCUGGAUCUCGAGCACCACCAUCACCACCACCACAACCACCACCAAGGUGGCGACGAGACCACCCCCUCGCCGGCAUCGACAGAGGGCGACCACGGCGCAAGCCACCAUGGGGCAGGCCACCAGGGGCACCACGGGGGCUCGAUGCACUCGAUGGUGAUGCACGGGGGCUACAGCGAGACGGUGCUCUUCUCGUGGUGGGUCAUCGACUCGCCGACCAGCUUGGUGGCGUCGGUGUUGGGCACGGCGCUGCUGGCAGCUGUGUUCGAGGGCCUCAAGUACUACCGCGAAUAUCUCUUCUGGCGGAGCGUGACGGCAGCCUCGGGCCCGGAGCGCGGGGCACUGCCGCUCCUACCCGUAGAUGGCGCCGCCGACGCAGAUGCGCUACCCAGGAGUCGGUCCACCGUGUCGGUGCGCAGGGCCAGCGGCAUGCUCGAUCGGCUGCACCUCAUCCAGACCGUGCUGCAGGCGCUCCAGCUGCUGCUCUCCUACGCACUCAUGCUCAUCUUCAUGACCAUGAACGUCUGGCUGUGCUUCGCGAUCCUGGUCGGCGACUGCCUCGGCUUCUUCCUCUUCGCCUGGAAGAGACCCACUGUCAUAGAGACCAUGGACACGUGUCACUAGGCUUGCUACAACACAAACAGUCGGUUCCGGACUUCUCAUCUACUGAACUUCUGUGCAGUGUCUCCCUUGAAGACGAAACUCCCAUUUCGUUGAUCCUGCAAUCAGCUGUGUGUCGAAUGGAAAAGAACUGCUGGACAAUUGUCACUAGGGUACAGGCAUCCCAGUCCAUUUGCAAUUAGCUUAAUACCACAGUCAGUUCUGUGAUUCUUACAGUUUUUUUUCUGAAGAUGAAACUCCUCUUAUCUGGAUGCUGCAACCAGAUCUGCUUCGAAUGGAAGAGAACCGUUAUCUUCGAGACCAAGAAUACUUGACCCCAGGCUAUGCCCUCCCCAAUGCGUCUACAAGAGCCCACGUACCACACAGAUGUACAAUUCUCGCCUGAAGGCGAAACUCCAAUUUUUCUUGUACGACAUCCAAUUACACAUCGAAAUAAAGAUACCUAUUGUUAUAGGGGCCAGUGGUACCUGCCACUAGCCUACAAGCUACCCAUUGGACGUUGAGAAGGCUUGCUGUCUCGCGACUGUGUUCUCGGCUUCUCAUGAACAGAAACCUUGAAGAAAAACUCGUAUUUAUUGACCUUGCACACAGCGUUACUUCGAAUGGGAGACACCUACUGUCAUAUAGUUUGCAGCUAGCCUGGUGGACAUACAAGAAGUUUACUAUCACGCAGAUGUUACUUUAUGGGCAUCUCACUUGAAAAACGCCUAUGUAUUUUCUCACCGGAAGACGAUGCUCCAGUUUUGAUAUUCCUGCACCCAACUUUAUUUUAAGGAGAACUACUGUCUUCGUGAACAUGGACAUUUGGCUGUAAGCUAGAGAUGCCCAAUGCUCCUACGAGAAUCUUGUCCUGAGAAUUAAACUCCUAUUUUUCUUGUGCUGCUCCAGUUUUAUAUGGAAAGGAAGCUACCUAUUGUCAUAGAGGCAAUGGACACAUACCCAGUGUGCCUGCAGGUGGCUUGCUACCAUACAGACAGUUGAUUUUGGGUGUCUCACGUAGAGAUUCCCUGUGCAGCUUCUCGCUCGAAGAUGCAACCCUUGUUUUCCUUCUGCUAUACUGAACAUUUUAGGAAUCGAUAACCUGUAUAUAAAUAUGCUCUCAGCGCUGAAGAACGUCGGUGGCUGCGAAGACUUUUCGCCCUCCACCGAAAUCAGGUCAGCGUCGCCGUUGCGAUAUUUUGUUGUACAUGUUAAAGCCUGUAUAAUUACUUGCUCAGUUUUUUC